CUUGUGAAAAUACUGAUGUGUUUUAAAGCCUUGGGUAGAAAUUCUGUAUUGCUGAGGAUUUGUUCUUUUAUCCCCCUUUUAAAGUCAUCCGUCCUUGGCUCAGGAUUUGGAGAGCUUGCACCACCAAAAAUGGCAACCAUCACCAGCUCCCAGAUUUUGGACCCAUUGAAAGCUCCGAGUUUGGGCCAGUUUACCACCACCCCAAGUACACAGCAGAAUAGUACAAGUCACCCUACAACUACUACUUCUUGGGACCUCAAGCCCCCAACAUCCCAGUCCUCAGUCCUCAGUCAUUUUGACUUCAAAUCUCAACCUGAGCCAUCCCCAGUUCUUAGCCAGUUGAGCCAGCGACAACAGCACCAGAGCCAGGCAGUCACUGUUCCUCCUCCUGGUUUGGAGUCCUUUCCUUCCCAGGCAAAACUUCGAGAAUCGGCACCUGGAGACAGUCCCUCCACUGUGAACAAGCUUUUGCAGCUUCCCAGCAUGACCAUUGAAAAUAUCUCUGUGUCUGCCCACCAGCCACAGCCCAAACACAUCAAACUUGCUAAGCGGCGGAUACCCCCAGCUUCUAAGAUCCCAGCUUCUGCAGUGGAAAUGCCUGGUUCAGCAGAUGUCCCGGGAUUAAAUGUGCAGUUUGGGGCUCUGGAAUUUGGGUCAGAACCUUCUCUCUCUGAAUUUGGAUCAGCUCCAAGCAGUGAAAAUAGUAAUCAGAUUCCCAUCAGCUUGUAUUCGAAGUCUUUAAGUGAGCCUUUGAAUACAUCUUUACCAAUGACCAGUGCAGUACAGAACUCCACAUAUACAACUUCUGUCAUUACCUCCUGCAGUCUGACCAGCUCAUCACUGAGUUCUGCUAGUCCAGUAGCAACUUCUUCCUCUUAUGACCAGAGUUCUGUGCAUAACAGGAUCCCAUACCAAAGCCCUGUGAGUUCAUCAGAGUCAGCUCCAGGAACCAUCAUGAAUGGACAUGGUGGUGGUCGAAGUCAGCAGACACUAGACACUACUUCGUCCAUUCCUGCUCCAAAGACAACAGGCCCUCCCUCUGCCCUCCCGUCUGUGAGCUCCCUGCCCAGCACCACCUCCUGCCCUGCACUUCUGCCGUCCACAUCCCCUCACACUGGCGACCUGAGCAGCAGCCCUCUCUCUCAGCUUAGCAGUUCGCUCUCCAGCCACCAGAGCAGCCUCUCCUCUGCGCACGCAGCCCUCUCCUCGAGCACGUCACACACACAUGCCAGUGUGGAGAGCGCCUCUUCUCUCCAGUCCUCAGCCAACUUCUCCACGGCAGCGACCUCCGUCUCGAGUUCCGCAUCCUCAGGCGUCAGCCUGUCCAGUAGCAUGAACACCGCGAACAGCCUCUGUCUGAGUGGGACCCCCACGAGUGUGUCCAGCAGCAGUAGCAGGGCCGCACCCUUGGUGACCUCAGGCAAAGCACCCCCAAACUUGCCUCAGGGGGUGCCUCCCCUGCUGCACAACCAGUACCUCGUAGGUCCUGGAGGACUGCUUCCUGCCUACCCGAUCUAUGGCUAUGACGAGCUCCAGAUGCUGCAGUCACGGCUGCCAGUGGACUACUAUGGAAUUCCCUUUGCUGCACCCACAGCGCUUGCCAGCCGAGAUGGGAACCUAGCUAAUAAUCCGUAUCCAGGUGAUGUCACGAAGUUUGGCCGUGGGGAUUCUGCAUCCCCUGUACCCCCUACCACACCAGCUCAGCCACAGCAGAGCCAAUCACAGACCCACCACACAGCCCAGCAGCCCUUCCUGAACCCUGCACUGCCACCUGGCUAUAGCUACACUGGCCUUCCCUACUACACAGGCGUGCCCAGUGCCUUCCAGUAUGGCCCCACCAUGUUUGUUCCUCCAGCCUCAGCCAAGCAACAUGGGGUGAACCUCAGCACUCCCACACCUCCCUUCCAGCAGGCCAGUGGUUAUGGCCAGCAUGGCUACAGUACAGGUUAUGACGACCUGACCCAGGGGACAGCAGCAGGAGACUACUCCAAAGGUGGCUAUGCUGGAUCAUCACAGGCACCAAACAAGUCUGCAGGUUCUGGGCCUGGCAAAGGAGUAUCAGUGUCUUCAAGCACCGCCGGUCUACCUGAUAUGACUGGUUCUGUCUACAAUAAGACACAGACUUUUGACAAGCAGGGAUUUCAUGCAGGGACCCCUCCACCUUUCAGCCUGCCUUCAGCCUUGGGCUCCACUGGGCCCCUGGCCCCGGGAGCGGCCCCUGGCUAUGCGCCCCCACCAUUCCUGCACAUUUUGCCAGCCCACCAGCAGCCCCACUCCCAGCUGCUGCACCACCACCUUCCACAGGAUGCCCAGAGUGGCUCGGGUCAGCGCAGCCAGCCCAGCUCCCUGCAGCCCAAGUCUCAAGCCUCCAAACCUGCCUACGGCAACUCUCCAUACUGGACAAACUAAAUCCGGAAGAGAGGGGCGUGCUGGGGCACAGCUUAUCCUGGGCAGGAGAGAACACACGAGCACAUAUUUGGGAGCCCAGUGCCCUUCCCUAGAAUUCGUGGGGAGCCUGCCUCCCAGACUGGCUAUUGUAUGUAAUGUAUUUAUGUAUGUAUUUGUAAAUGUGAUAGAAGUCUGGGGGAGUUCGGGGACGGCUGCAGAUGUUAGCCAGGUCUGUUCUCCCCAUUCAAGCCCCUUCUCCACUGUAGCAAAAUAAGUGCCCCCACCCCAUCUGCCUUCAGGUCCUCUUCAUAGCCUGCACUGCCCAGUGGGCCACUAGGGGCAGUCUCUGGAAGGGCUGGUUCAAGGCUGUUUGGGUAUAGGGGUCAAGUACCAAUGAAGAAUCACGACUUGUCUCACUCCUUUGGAAAUUAUUUGUUUUCUUUCCUGUGUAAUUACUUUAUACCCCUGUUUUUGAGAAACUGUUCAUUUUGUCAUCUGUCAUGGUCUCCUUCCACCAAAUCUUGAUCUGGGAAUAGCAGCGAUAUCCCUCCACCCCACACAAAUAUGGGCACCUGUUUGUCUUCAAACAGGGGCUUCUAGUCUGGUCAUGUCCCUAGAGACUUACUAGAGACUGGCUGACCAUGGAAAAAAAAAAAUCUCAGUUGUUCAGCCAGUCAGCUCCCCUUUAAAAAUCAAAGAUACCUCCAAGCAACACAUCUCCAUUCCGGUUGUCUUGAACCAGGUGGGCAACUGUUUCAGGGGUUUUCUCUUGCCCAAUCUCCACCUAAUAAAGUUCUGAGAGCAUGCACGGUCUGUGUGGUGUGACUGAAAGGCAGCUCAGGGCAGAAGCCCUGGACUUCAUAGGACUAAAGGAGACCCCACAUGGUUGUAGUCUUCUGACACAGGCUAUAAAGGCUUGAAAUGGUUUUCCUUUUAACUGGACCCUCUUGGCCCAAAUGACAAUGGCUGUAAGGAGAGCUAAACCUCCUCACAGGGCCCAGGCCAUGUUGAUCAAAGUUAACCUGGCUUUUCUUAUAGCUCCUUAAGAGACUUAGGGAUAGGGCAGCUUGGGACCUUACCUAGAAAAAGGUAAGUGUCUACAAGUAAAAUUAGGACUUUUAUUAAAUAGGGUGAUCUGCCUGAUCCCUGCUAUUAGCAGCAAUAAGUUAGUUAGGAAAACAAAUGACAGUGAAAAUGUUUGCCUAAGGAAAGCAGCAGAGCACCCCUCAGUCCCUCACUGAUCUACUUGUAUCAGCUUCCGUUUUCAGAAUCAAGUUUAACAAAUGGCCACGUCUAUAAGGAGCUUGAAGGGAUUGGGGAUAUACCAGGGAGGUGAGUUAGAAAGGCAGAUUCCCCAGUUGUGGUUUUUGUCUAAUUUUUCAGCUGAGCCCUGGCAUAAUCUGCAAGGUUAACAGUGAUAUUGAGACCACCUUUUAGUUUUCUUUAAACACAAGUUAAAAAAAGAAGAGGGUCAUUUCAUGGGGAAGUAGCAAUACAGGUAUUUUAUUUCACAUUUUAUUAGUAGACAGAUGGGCAGAAAAAGACAAAAUAAACCACUAAAGGGGAAGUCAACACAAAAUGCAUCAGAUAAUCUUUUCUCAUAAGUUAAACUGAAGAAAAACAUCUACAAUUUCAGCUAAAACUAUUAAAGUCAGGUGUGUCCUGCUGGUUUCAGAAUAGUUGAAAAUUGCAUCUCUGAAUCCUUUUAGUUGUAAAUGUAAACCUUGUUUAUCAGGAUGGGAGGGGUGGAGAGUUCAUUUUCAGUGGAGAGCUGCACAUUUCCCCUUCCAAUCUGUUUCUUACAAUAUGUGCCCCAAACGUAAGGAAACCAGCAAGUAAAGAAGCAGUUUGCCAGGGCAAGUGAAAGAAGGUUUCUACAAAAAAGUCUGACUAAUAGAAAAGAACUCUGGAAUGAUAAAAGGAGAAGGGGGGAAGACUGAAAGAAGCAACAGCGGAAUCAUAUACUUUCUCCACCCAGCCUCAAAAUACACAGAACUGAAGAGCAUACAGUGAGGCCUCAAUUAGAAUUAAAAGGAAUCUAAAAAUGCAAGAUUUUGAGUUCAUGUCACACCAAAUAAUAAGCACAACUGUACAUACAUGGUUCCGGAUUGAGCCUGAGACCUCUAC